GCUUGGACCGCAUGCAUGACACAACGCAAAGGCGAGAAACCCACCAUCAGCAUCCAGGAGCACAUGGCCAUUGACGUGUGCCCCGGACCCAUCCAGCCCAUCAAGCAGAUCUCCGACUACUUCCCCCGCUACCCUCGGGGCCUGCCGCCCGUCGGGGCGCCGCGCGCCGCCCUCUGCGCUGCCACCGCCCCGGCCGCCGCCUCGGAAAGUGAGGGCAGCCCGGAGCGGGCGUUUGCCGGAGCCUCGGCUUCCAGGAGAGAUGAUGAACCCGACGUGGAGGCGUACGACUCGGACGACUCCACCACGCUGGGAACGCUGGACUUCAGCUUGCUGUAUGACCAGGAGCACAAUGCUCUGCACUGCACCAUUAACAAAGCCAAGGGGCUCAAGCCAAUGGACCACAACGGGCUUUCGGACCCCUACGUCAAGCUGCACCUACUACCCGGUGCCAGUAAGGCCAAUAAACUUCGGACCAAGACCCUGCACAACACGCUCAACCCCGUCUGGAGCGAGACGCUGACCUACUACGGCAUCACCGAUGAGGACAUGGUCCGCAAAACACUCAGGAUUUCCGUGUGUGACGAGGACAAAUUCCGCCACAACGAGUUCAUCGGUGAGACGCGAAUCCCCCUCAAGAAGCUGAAGCCCAAUCAGACCAAGACCUUCAACAACUGCCUGGAAAAGCAGCUACCCGUGAACAAGACGGAGGACAAGUCACUGGAGGAGCGAGGGCGCAUCAUGAUCUCCCUCAAGUACAACACGCUCAAGUCGUGCUUGGUGGUGGGCAUCAUACGCUGUGCCCACCUUGCCGCCAUGGACGCCAACGGCUUCUCAGACCCCUACGUCAAAACGUACCUGAAGCCCGACGAGAACAAAAAGUCCAAGCACAAGACGGCCGUCAAGAAGAAGACGCUCAAUCCCGAGUUCAACGAGGAAUUCUGUUAUGACAUUAAGUACGCGGAUCUUACCAAGAAGACCCUGGAGGUGACCGUGUGGGACUACGACAUCGGCAAGUCCAACGAUUUCAUCGGCGGCGUCUCUCUGGGCAUCAACGCCAACGGGGAGCGACUCAGGCACUGGUUCGACUGCCUCAAGAACAAGGACAAGAAAAUCGAGCGCUGGCACACGCUGACCAACGAGCUACCCGGCUCCCUAAAUGACUGAAUGUCCCUCAUCCCGCCCACAGACCCGACCCCGCCGUCCCAGCACAUGCCUGAAUUCACCUCAACCAUCCUUCCUUCCUCGCUUCCUUUCAUUCGUCCUCCCGUGUCUAAAUGGCACCGACACGGAAUGAGCGCUUUGGUCGCCGCUGGUACAAAAGCAGCAGCAGUGUUCAUUCAUAGCCACGAUACGGAAUUUGGGGGGCAAUUUUUCCACAUUCACCAAAAUGCAUGGCCGGCCGGCAUUUUGCCAACAUUUAUUUCUCUCCCCCCCGGCAGCUAAAUGGUAGGUUGGUCGGUUUGGCUCCAAUGCGUCACGUGAGCAGAAUGUAGAACCCUCGCGCGCUUAGUGGGCUGAGAACGUGCACCUCAGUGCUCGGAUCAUGUCGUGAUUUCGAGGCCCCCCCUUUUGCUUUGUUGGAUUUGAUUUUCACGGGAGCAACAGGCGAGGUCGCGAGGGCCCGGGUGUGACCCUGAUGAGUUGAGGCAGAGAUACACGGAGCGUUUUUUGUGCGUCACUUAUUUAUGAGUCUGAAUGCGCAGCGUGACCUUUUGAGUGCAGAUGCUGCCUUUGCGCAAAGACGUGCAAGACCUGGCAUGGUUUUCGGAUUUUUUUUUUAAUACAAUUUAUUUGGACUCAAUUGUAUUUUAUUUUUGAUGGUAUUUUAUUUUAAAUGUAUAUCAUUUGGCUUAUUUUAUUGUUUUUUUUAAUUCAAAUUUUUGGUUUUAUUUUUAAUAAUUGUAUUUAUCAUUUAUUAUUUAAUUUGUUUUAAAUUUAUUUAAAGACAACUAUAUUUUAUUGUGUUGAUUUCCCCAGUUAAGUUGUUGUUUUUCAGUUGUAAUUGUAUUUUAAUGUAACUGUUUUAUGUAGAUUAACUGCAUAUUUUACAUAAUUUGUUUAUUUCAAGUAAUUUAUUUUUAGCUGCUGGUUUUAUGUUGAAAUCCAGUUUGACUCCCAUUUUAAGUUAUGAACUUAUUGAACCUUUCCGAAGCCUACGCUAUUGUUGGCAAACUGUUUUACAUGAUUUUGAUGACUAUUAUUUGUGCCCCCCCCCCCCCCCCGCUGUUCUAUAUUGAUCCCAAUAAUCACCUUCUCCUUCAAUAAGCGACAGCCUGACCGACAUUUACCGACUUAAAGCAACGAUGUGAUUUUGCAAGCAGUCUGCCUUUGUAUGCAAGCUCGAUAUUCUGAAAAAGAAAACCAAAAAAAAAAAAAAAAAAAAAUGCAUGCGUCAGGUCCUUGUUUUUGUCAUGAGAUAACCUAAUGUUUGAUACUGUUUUCUGUAUUUGCAAAAAACAAACAAACCAAAAAAAAAGUUCAAAUUGAAUGCGCAAAUGAUGACAAUGCUUUCUUCUGGACUCCAUUUUGUACCCGUUUGGCUGCCGUGUGUGACUUUGAUGUGAAUUUUGUUGGUUUGUCUGAAUGUUUGUAUGAGUUAUGAUGUUAACGCAUUAUGUCAAAUUAUAUUUUGAUCACACUAAAAAAAAAAAAAAAAAAGAUUAAAGUGGUUCCGUUUGCACCAAAGACCUAU